CUGUAAUAUUUAGACAAACCAAAGGGGUCCGAGAGCGUGAAAGUCAAAUCUACAUAUUCUCUUCAUCUUCUCUCUCUCUCUCUCUCUCUCAUAAUUCAGAUUUUUUUUUGGGUUCUUAAGAUUCAGUUUAAUCGGCGAUCUUUUCCAACUGUUCUCGGGAAUCCCUCGUUCUCCUUCUUUCAAUCUUUGUCUCCUUCACCUGAAUAUAAUGCUCCAGAUUUUCAAGUUUUGGAUUCAGGAUUGGUUUUGAUCCGACACAACUCUGACUCAGUAAGGAGAAAGGAAACAAUGGAAGGUGACAUAUUCUCAGGGAUUGACAAUGGAACUCAGUUAGAUAGCAAGGUGUUGCAGGUAUUUCAAAGGAGCUUUGUUCAGGUCCAGGAUAUCUUGGACCAGAAUAGGCUGCUCAUCAAUGAGAUAAACCAGAACCAUGAGUCCAAGGUCCCGGACAACUUGAGCAGAAAUGUUGGUCUAAUCAAGGAGCUCAACAACAACAUAAGAAGAGUUGUGGAGCUCUAUGCUGAUCUUUCAACCUCCUUUGUCAAAUCCAUGGAUACAUCAUCCGAAGAGGAUUUGGGUGGUGCUAUGAGAUCAGAUGGCAAAGCUGGUCAGAAAAGAAACAGGCCUGUUUGAUUUAGUUGAAAAGAGAAAAAAGAAAAAAAUGGGGUCUUUUUGUUAGCGAUUUUUCUGUAUCUAUCUCCCCUUUGUAUCAUUUGAUGAACUAUCUUUAGUUCUCAAACUUACUGUAACUCUUUGUGACCAUUGACCUGAUUGAAAUGAAGUAAGCAUAUGGGGGUGUUCAUAAAUUUCUAAAUUUGCUGCUGUCUUUGAAAUGGAUAAU